GCAGAAUUAAUAUCGAAGAAAAUCAAUGGGGAUCGCGCAAAUUUGAUCAGAAAUUGAUCAGUGAAAUGCAGUCACGGAUAAUCAACUCGAGCAUCAAAUCGAGAGCAGUGUUCUCCACGAGAUAUGUUAAUCUUUGGACAAAGAUAUUCCAGAAGAAGAAGAAACCGUUAGCUUCAGAGGUCCUAACGAGCUACCUAUUGCAAACCGACGAACCCCCUUGGACUUCAUACUUCGUCCGAUACGCCGACGUGGUGAAUAAUCAGCGGGGAAUGUCACACUUCAAUUGGCCAGCGGGCGGCAGCAAUUAUCACGUACUUAGGACCGGCUGCUUCCCGUACAUCAAGUAUCACUGUAGCAAGCGGCCGAUGCAGGAUCUCAGUAGCGAGGACAGAUUCUUCAAGGCGAUCAAGAUAUUGAACCUUGGUAUCCCUACUCUGAUGUAUGGACUGGCUGCGACGCAGCUUAUCCGACACCGUGAGAUCGUGAAGACGCCUCGAGGUGACGUGACGAUCUAUUUCUUGCUACCAGAGGACAAAGGUUCGCAGUACUGAGACUUGCACCCUACAACGCUAAUCUGCGUCGAGUCUCACAUCGUGGCCUUCCUCGGAGAUGACGUUAACAGCAACGAAAUACAAAAUUGUACCGAUGACUGUUGCUUCUUUUUUCAAGAAGUCUCCUUAUUUCUCGUUAUUUCAUCGAGUUCUCAAGUACAAAACGAAAAGAGAAUCGAACGGCGCAAGAAACUCUCAACCUUCUGAAUAUUCUGCUCUAUCCAUAACAGAUGCGACUACCAAUAUUAACUGAGAAAAUGAAGAAGCUGAAAAACAAUUCUGGAUAGUGCCGUUUUUUCUUAUAAAAGAAUAACGAUAGGAUUUAUCCAAUAGCUCAAUACGACAAAGUCAAGGAGUUAGUUUAGUUAAUAAACGACUUGAAACAGACUGUUCUUUUCUUUUGCUUUCAUGAUCGCUUUAUGCGAAAUGUAUUUUU